AUGCUUGGUGCAAAACCAGUUGCAUCUCCGAUGGUGCCCACGGAUCGUUUGCAACUCACUUCUGGCACACUGUUUGCUGAUGGUUCUGCAUAUCGUCAGAUUGUUGGAAGCUUGCAGUACUUGCAUUUUAUGAGACCAGACAUUGCCUUUGCAGUCAACAAGCUCUCGCAAUUCAUGCAUAAACCUACGGACAUUCAUUGGAUGGCGGUUAAGCGAGUUCUUCGUUAUCUUGCGGGGACUAAAGAUCGAGGUAUCUUCCUCCGUCGCAACAACACUAUUGCCCUUCAUGCCUUCUCCGAUGCAGACUGGAGAGGCAACAAAGAUGAUUACACUUCAACAGGUGCCUACAUUAUUUAUCUUGGCACUCAUCCUGUUGCUUGGUCUUCAAAGAAGCAGAAAUCAGUUUCUCGGUCCUCCACAGAGGCCGAGUAUCGAGCUGUUGCAGACACAGCUUCAGAGCUUUGUUGGGUUGUGUCCUUGUUACACGAGUUAGGUCUCAAGUCAGUUACUCAGCCUGUUAUCUACUGUGAUAAUGUUGGCGCCACAUACCUUGCUGCUAACCCUAUAUUCCACUCACGUAUGAAGCAUGUGGCCUUUGAUUAUCACUUCAUUCGGGAGUUGGUUCAGUCUGGUUUUCUCCGAGUUGCUCAUGUGUCUACCAAGGAUCAGCUGGCUGAUGCGUUAACAAAACCGGUCUCUCGUUCUCUUCUAAACGUCAACUUGUCCAAGAUUGGUCUUUCUUCUGGUCGUCCAUCUUGA